AUGGGCGCACCAAGACGAUCUCAGCAAUCCGUGACUCUAGCGGAUAUCCGGGAGCAACUACCAGAAGAAAUGGACGAUGACACGCGAGCCACAUUGGAGUCCCUGUUUAAAGGUCCAUUGUCCAGGUCAGAACUGGGAAAAGGGAACCGAAAAUCGCUGGCGAACCGAGUCACAGCACAAAUGGCUUUGAAAAGUUUUGUGGAAACAGGGUACCUCAGCAAGGAUGUCUUUCCGCAGUCCAAACAUGAGCUGAUGUGUCCUGAACUGUGGGAUGCCCUGAACAACACCACACAGGUCAUGGAUACAGAAACCGCCCAACACUUUCUGACUAGUGUGAACACUUACACGAAAGCAGUGACCGAUCCUUGGAUGAAAGAGCUUCGAGACAAGCCACGAUCGCCCACUUCGCCCACGAGAAAACGUCGCCCACGAGAUAACCUUCAGUCCCGACCGAUCAAUCCCACUCCAGAUCGUCGCUCACGAGAAAGACUACAGUCGCAAGCGCCAAAUCUGGAUGUUACAACCAAUACUAUCCCACAGAUUCCUGAAACAUUCUCCGCUAAAGCUCAAAAUACAUGGUUAAAGUUGCUGACAGAGGGACCCCUCUCCACAAAUGUGCUCACGGACAAAGAUGCCCGUGUCGACAUAUCUAAAAAGUUGGAUAAAGUGGCCCGCAUGUUUGAAAAGCACAUUAAAUCAGGAAACCACCCGAGCACCUUUCAACUUGAAACAAGUCACCCAUUGCUGAACAAUUUGCACCCUGCAUUGUCCCAAAUGUAUACAGGUGAAGGAACAAUCACGAAAGAGCAGAUUGCAACUGCUGAAAGCUUCCUUCAGCAAGUGAAGACAUUUGUCAAUGAUCCAACUGAAUACCAACCUUCUUCCAAACUCCCUUCUGACCAAGACCUAUCAGAGAAGCCCUCACCACCCCGCAUCGUCCCGAUCAUACCACAACCUCCUGAGACCACAUUCGGCGCCCCUGUACCCAAAAAUUUGCUAUCUGCCAGCCGGGAUGAUCCUCAACAGAACACAGAGUGGCCGUUCACAUUCCCCUUGCCAUCAACUGCACCCCCAGACUCAAGGCCUCCAUGGGUUGACAUUGGUAAAAGAGUAAUAAAAAAUACAGAAAAAGUCGAUUUCCACACAAGAGAUUUUACAGGGACUAUACGCCAGGUAAACAAUCUUGCAGAGGCAUAUGUGACAGGUGGAGAGGCUUUUGAGAAGUGGAACACAGGAAACAGUGGCACCUUGCAGCGCUUAAAAGACGCCUUAGGCAAUCUUGGUCCAGUUACAGAAGAUAGUAAGAUGUUUGCAAGACAAAUAGCUGAGUUUUACAGGCUGCAUUUGACUGGAGGAGGUGAACUUCCAGCUCCUGCAGAUCAACAAACGAAAUUGGCGGAGACUCUUCCUGUCUUGAAAGAACCUCAGAGUCAAGAGCAACCUCUUUCCUCUGUUGUGCCUUCCGAGAUCAACACCACUCCUCCUCCAGUGGCAGACACGCAAGCUACGAGCAACUCAAAAGACACUCCUUCCGACCCAGCCCCACCAGUUCCUAAACACACUCCCAAUGCAGAGUCCACUGCUACAACUUUACCUCAUGUUGCCCCACCAGUCUCAAGUGAGAACAAAACAAAGGAGACCAGGCGCGGAGGGAAAACGCAAGACUCUAAAGCAGUGAGGACUGAUACUCAAAGACCCCCACCAAAGCAGCCUCAUAUUGACUGCACAGUCUGGAGCCCAGCCAAACGUGGGAAAGUAUUUCAGUCCUGUAGAACGGAGGCGACCUCCUAUUAUCCCAAAAACACGAAAACUAAAGUAUACCACCUCCAGGAUGCGGAAAAAGAAUGGGCCUGGAUGUGUGUGAAUCUUGGCGAGGGUGGUACACCACUUAGAUGUGACACGCAGCGUGUUGAUUGGAGGAAUAAAGGGACGGUGACAUUGACCCAGACGGUAUGGAAUCCAUUGGCUAAAGGGGAAGAAUCGAACUCGAAUUACGAGGAGUUCACGGACGGUAGGAACAGAGCAUGGAGGAAGGACAUCAGGAAGGAGAUCACAUACGGACCUGAUGGUCUCAAGAAAUUGACAGCUGACUUCCAAGUGAAUUCAGAGGUACCCCUGGAUGAUGUAGCUGCAAAUUUAGAGGCAUUGAAGGCAAACGGUUUCAAAGGACACUUUGCUCCGGAAUUUCCUGAGCUCGAUACCGAAGAGUUGUUGAAGGGGUGGAGAGAAGGAGUUUGGGAUAUCCAGAUCGAGACCACAGAGGCUUAG